AUUCCGACGGUCCUUGUCUGUGCGGUUUGUAGCGCGUAAAUGCAUGCGCAGAAGUCGAAGGCAUUGUUGGGUGGAGGUGAAAAUACCCGUUCCUAUAUUCCUAUGUUGCCUAUGUAUUGCACUCGUGUGUACGAGCUCUGUUGAAUUUAAAAAUAAACCUAUUUAGAGAAAAAACACUUGUGUUUGAUUGAUGGUUUUCUAAACGCGAUGGCGAGUAUGAAUGGAAUCGGAUUGUUCUGCAGUGAAAGGUCUGUCCAUUUUUGACGGAGUGGCAACAUUGUACAACGCAAUCGCCAAACAAAUAUUAGUAAAGUUGUAUGUAACUCCAGUAAGCAUGGUGGCUAAAGUGUAUACGACGUUGUUUAGUGAAUUUGUUGUGCAAUAAUAUGGUCUUUCGCUCGAAAUUGUUGGAAUAGUGAAUCCCGAAUUGCGUGCUUCUGACGUUGUCAGUGCAGUGUGGGUUAUGUUUCGGUGAAUUGUCUACCUGAAGAUGGUGCGAUUUCCCAAGGUGUAACCCGACGAGCAGCGACACUCGCUUUUGGACAUCCUGGCCGAAGUGAAUAACAUGUUUACACUGAUCGGGCAUUGCGUCAUAAGUUUACAGAAAUUCUGUACGACGCGACUUAGCCAACCUUGCUCGGGCCCCAGCAGACCCAUGUCUAUGUAUUGGCACUGAUGGCCGCGACCGGCACUGCCUUUACGGCCCGACAGCGCCGCUCCUUCAGCUGGCUCGGCCCAGGGCCGGUGCUCCACGCGGCUGCUCUACUCAUCCUCUUUGGCGCAACGUGUGCUGGCGCAAACCCACUGCAACCCAAUUCUGACCUCGCACGUCAGAAUGGAAAUGAAACUUGUGAAAGCAUGGACAUAAGAAAUACGCUGGAUGCCUUUAACAGAUUAAAAGGUUGUCACGUGGUGGAAGGUUUUGUGCAGAUUCUACUGUUUGAUAAUGUGAAUGAGACUGAACUAUCCCUCUUAAGUUUUCCAAACCUCACUGAAAUAACAGACUAUUUAUUAUUGUAUAGAGUGAACGGAUUGCGGAGUAUAGGACAGUUGUUUCCAAACUUGAGUGUAAUCCGUGGACAGGUUACGUUUUAUACAUACUCGUUCGUGGUGUUUGAGAUGUCCAGUUUACAAGAAAUUGGUCUUUAUUCUUUGACCGACAUUAUGCGCGGCUUGAUAAGGAUCGAUAAGAAUCCUUCGCUGUGUUUUGUUAAUUCCAUUGACUGGGAUUUGAUAGCCCACGAGAAAGGAGACCACUUCAUAAAGAGUCUGAAAUCGCGAAACGAAUGCCCGGUGUGUCCCGGUGAUGAGAAGGAGGACGACCCUAGCAGUAGUGCAUCUUACAAAGCUUGCCCCAAAGCACACCCUAGGUUGACUAGUGAUAGUUUUGACAGAGAUCCACGAUUGUGUUGGAAUCGACAACAUUGCCAGAAAAUUUGCCCCAAGUGUAAUAAAAGUGCAUGUAACGCCAAUGGCGAUUGCUGUGACGACAGGUGCUUAGGCGGCUGUAAUUUGAAUGACCUUACAGUUUGCACCGUAUGUAGAAAUUUCAGCAUGGGGUUCGGAGCAAACAAAAAAUGCAUGUCAAGUUGUCCACAGAAUCAUUAUCAGUAUUUAGGAAGACGUUGUAUACAGAAAGACGACUGCAAAGAAAUGAGGAGGCCGCUGAAUUUUCAAUCGCAGAGUGGACCUGAAAAACCAUACAAAAUUUACAACAAUUCCUGCAUCUUAGAGUGCCCUGCCAACUACAUGAAUAAUGACACUCAUUGUAUACCCUGCCAAGGAACUUGUAUGAAGAAAUGUGCCGGAGUCAACGUAGACAGCACAACUCUGGCACGACAGUUAAGAGGAUGCACCCACAUUACUAGUUCUCUAGAGAUACAAAUUCGGGGAGGAAGAAAUGUGGCGAAUGAAUUAGAAGAAAGUUUGGGUAUGAUUGAAGAAAUCGACGGCUAUCUAAAAGUAGUCAGAUCUUUCCCCUUGGUCUCUUUGAAUUUUCUCAAAAAUCUAAAAGUAAUACAUGGCAAGCAACUGGAAAGUCAAAAAUACGUGUUUGUGGUACUUGAUAAUCAAAAUCUUCAAGAGCUGUGGAACUGGAAUACUAAAACAUCUUUGAAAAUAGAUAAUGGACGCUUGUUUUUCCACUUCAACCCAAAACUGUGUAUAAAAGAAAUCGAAAAGUUGCAGAAUAUUACCAAUAUAACAGAUGUCACAGAACUGGAGGUUGCCAAGAGUUCCAAUGGUGAUAAAAUUGCGUGCGAUCUCCAGCCGUUGAAGGUGGAUAUACCAACAACGAGAUAUAGCAAAGGUGUUGUUUUAGUGUGGGAACCGUUUGAGAUGGACGAUCCACGAAAACUUUUGGGAUACAUUGUUUAUUCAAUAGAAGCACCAACCCAGAACGUUACUCUUUAUGACGGUCGGGAUGCUUGUGGUGGUGAUGGUUGGCGAGUGGAUGAUGUCGCCAUUCCCGAGAACGAAACCAAAGUGACACAUCCAUUACUAAGGCUGAAACCAUACACCCAGUACGCAUUCUAUGUCAAAACAUAUACAAUAGCAACUGAGAGGAAAGGUGCUCAAAGUAAUAUUUUGUACUUCACUACUCUUCCAUUCACACCAACGGCACCAGUCGGAUUACAAAUAAGUAGUAACUCCAGUAAUUCCCUCAAGUUGACGUGGAGACCACCAAAGCAGCCAAACGGUAAACUAACACAUUACAUUGUCAACGUAAAGAAACAUGAAAGUAAAAAUGACCUGGAUUUAAAUGAGAUCGAUUGUAAAUCACCGUCAAAUCGAAGACACAUGAUGCCUACGCCUACAUCAGCGCCUACUGCGUCAUCACCAACUAACAACGAUACCUGUUCUUGCUCAGAAACGAAACAAUCGCCAUCCGGCAUCAAUGAAGAUAUAGUCAAAUCUCGAAUUGAUUUUGAAGAUGAGCUUCAUAAUGCAGUUUACGUGAAAAAGGAGGGACUUUUGGAGUCUCGGAAGAAACGUGACACGCAGAAUUCUCCUUUGAAUAAUAAGCAAAAUUAUAAAAUUGACAAUAAGAUCCAUAACUGGACGGAAAAAGGUACUGAUACGCGAAGUAUUGAAGUUAAGGGAACAGAGUAUUAUUUAAAAGACUUGCACCAUUUUACGGUCUAUGAAAUUAGCGUUGAAGCCUGUAGGGAGCAUAGCAAGGAGAGUGAGGAUACGUCGUCAGAUCUUUGCAGUAACACCAGUAUAAGAACAUUUAGAACCUUAAAAAAGACAGGAGCUGACGAUAUUAAGCAAGUAUUGGUAACAAACCAAAGUGUGGAUACCGUGUCUAUAACCUGGAAAGAACCAGAAGAUCCGAACGGGUACAUAGUUUGUUACACAAUAGAAUACAAAAAGGUGGAUAACGAAAAUUCAAAAGCAAAUGAGGAGUACAUAACUCAUGCGCGGUUUUUGAAUCAAAGCAGGAUUUACACCUUGAAAUCUCUUUCCCCUGGUAACUAUAGCGUCCGAGUUUUUGCAACUUCAUCCGCCGAAAAUGGAGCUUACUCACCACAGGUCUACUUUUAUAUUGAAGAGCGCUCAUCAUACACUCCGGUUGCUGUGACUAUAUCACUUCUUAUUGCUGUAGUUUUGGCUGCGUGUGUCGGAAUAUGGUUCUAUAGAAGGAGAAAAGCUGACAGAGAGAGCAUAAGGUUGAUCCCUUCUGUGAAUCCCGAGUACGUCCCUAGCGUGUACGUUCCAGACGAGUGGGAAGUACUACGCAAAAAGAUCGAACUGAUUCGCGAGUUGGGUCAGGGAAGUUUCGGUAUGGUAUACGAAGGUAUCGCUAGGGAUGUAAGAGGUAAAGCACAGAUUAAAUGUGCUGUGAAAACGGUCAAUGAACACGCUACGAAUAGGGAACGUCUCGAGUUCUUAAAUGAAGCAUCUGUAAUGAAAGCUUUUGAUACGGCUCACGUAGUUAGAUUAUUAGGAGUAGUAUCUCAGGGUCAGCCUACCCUUGUAAUUAUGGAACUAAUGGCGAACGGUGACUUGAAGUCCUAUCUGCGUUCACACCGUCCAGAUGGAGAAAUUUUCGACCCCUCAACAGCAAGGCAGCCUCCAACCUUGAAGCAAAUCUUACAAAUGGCAAUUGAGAUUGCAGACGGAAUGGCAUAUUUAUCCGCGAAAAAGUUUGUUCAUCGUGAUCUGGCAGCUAGGAACUGUAUGGUAGCAGAAGAUUUGACUGUAAAAAUUGGUGAUUUCGGUAUGACCCGCGAUAUUUACGAAACAGACUAUUACCGAAAAGGGACUAAAGGGCUUCUUCCGGUGCGUUGGAUGGCGCCGGAAAGUCUUAAAGACGGUGUGUUUACUAGUAAUAGUGAUGUUUGGAGUUACGGAGUCGUGUUGUGGGAAAUGGCAACACUCGCAUCACAACCUUACCAAGGGUUGUCAAAUGAUCAAGUUUUGCGAUAUGUGAUUGACGGGGGUGUGAUGGAGCGGCCGGAAAAUUGUCCUGAUAAACUCUACACUUUAAUGAGAUGUUGUUGGCAGCAUAAACCAUCAUCACGUCCUUCGUUCUUAAGGUUGUGCACAUUGUUGUUAGAAGAUGCCAGCACGAGUUUUGCUCAGGUGUCGUUUUAUCAUAGUGCAGCCGGAAUUGAAGCUCGAGCAACGCGUCCGACGCCCUCUCCUUCACAGGACGAUCCUAGUACCCCACUUCGAAUGGCCGGUGAUCAUGAUGUCAAUUUUUCCCUGAAUUCUGACGACUCCAACGACGAGUUUGACCCUGACGCAGACACACAUGUACGGUUCCCCAGUAUUCCAGUUGAGAACAAAGAAGCUACAGCUAACGGUUACGUGAGUGGAUGUCCCACAAACGGUGCAGCAACAACUCAGUGCUAGCUACAUAUCACAUCUCAGUUGAAAGUAUUUCCUAUAAAGAUCUGACUAUUGCAGCAAGAGACAUGAGUAACAUGACUGUUUUUGUAAAGUAGUUAUAAGUUUAAAUUACCAAAGAUAUUUUCUUCAUUUGCUGAAAGGCCUACAUUUUACAGAAAAACAGUGUUCAUUAGCAAAUCAUAACUAAGUGAGGCGUAUUCAGUGAGUCUGAAACCAUAAAGACUAGUCUAUUGAUUUUCCAUUCUAUGGGGUACUCUAAGAUUCUUGUCUACUCAAUAUUUCAUAUAUGUAAAAGAGAUGGAACUAAUUGCCUUAUUAGUUAAAGUAAUUAUAUAAUGUGUAGCAUCCCAUAAAGACAUUCUUUGGACAAAUGCCAAUCAAUACAUUGCAGCCUGACUAUGAGUUCCUGUUAUCUUAUUGAUGAUUGGUAGUCACAACUACUUUAUUGUACCUAUUUAUAUUUUAGUUAAAUUUUGUACUCUGUAAAAUAAUGUACAUUAUUUCUUUAUUAUUUUAUAUAAAAGAAAAUAAAUUUAUAAUCUGAA